GUCCUACACACCGUUCAUCUUCCUUCCAUACCUACAACUUACUUUCUUUCGCGUUUACCUCCUUGGCUUUCGCGAUGGCAACUAACGAGAUCGUCACCCGAGAGCUUCGGAAGCCCAUCACUGUCGCUGAGUAUCUCUUCCACCGUCUGCAUGAGGUGGGGGUCCGCUCAGUGCACGGUGUUCCCGGCGACUACAACCUCGCAGCUCUAGACUACCUGCCAAAGUGUGGUCUCAACUGGGUGGGAAACUGCAAUGAGCUCAACGCUGGUUACGCCGCUGAUGGUUAUGCUCGAGUUAACGGCAUUGGCGCCUUGAUCACUACUUUCGGAGUCGGCGAACUCUCGGCACUCAACGCCAUUGCCGGUGCCUACUCCGAGUUCGUGCCUAUCGUUCACAUCGUGGGCCAGCCCAACUCCAAGUCUCAGAAAGAUGGAGUGCUGCUUCAUCACACUCUCGGAAACGGUGACUUCGAUGCUUUCACAAAGAUGAACACCGGAGUCUCCUGUUCAGUUGCCCGUCUGACCGAGUCUCUCGAGGUCGCGACCCUGAUCGACAAUGCCAUUCGUGAAUGCUGGAUUCGCAGUCGCCCCGUCUACAUCACUCUCCCCACGGACAUGAUCGUGAAACAGGUUGAGGGCGAAAGACUCAACAACAAACUAGAUCUGUCACUGCCCCCGAACGAAACCGAGAAGGAAGACUAUGUGGUCGAUGUCGUCUUGAAAUACCUCCAUGCCGCCAAGAAACCGGUCAUUCUGGUCGACGCAUGUGCUAUCCGCCACCGUGUGCUGGACGAAGUCCACGACCUGAUGGAAGUCUCCGGUCUGCCUACUUUCGUGGCUCCCAUGGGCAAGGGCGCCGUGGACGAGACGCGACCAAACUAUGGAGGUGUCUACGCUGGAACGGGCUCAAACGCCGGUGUCCGUGAACAGGUCGAGUCUUCGGACCUCAUCCUAAGCAUCGGUGCCAUCAAGUCCGAUUUCAAUACCAGUGGAUUCACCUACCGUAUCGGGCAGCUCAACACCAUCGAUUUCCACAGCACUUACGUGCGUGUGCGCUACUCCGAAUACCCCGAGAUCAACAUGAAGGGUGUCUUGCGCAAGGUCAUCCAGAAGAUGGGCAAAGUCAAUGCUGAGCCAGUCACGCCACUCUCCAAUGCACUGCCCGAGAGUGAGAAGUCAUCCUCGGCUACCGAGAUCACACACCAGUGGCUGUGGCCCAAGGUCGGUCAGUGGCUCAAGGAGAACGACAUUGUCAUCACCGAGACCGGUACUGCGAACUUCGGUAUCUGGGAGACUCGAUUCCCCCCCAACGUCACCGCCAUCAGUCAAGUCCUCUGGGGAAGCAUUGGCUACUCGGUCGGCGCCUGUCAGGGUGCAGCUCUGGCGGCAAAGGAGCAGGGCAACCGCCGGACUGUCCUCUUCGUUGGCGACGGCAGUCUCCAGCUCACCGUGCAGGAAUUGAGCACCAUGAUCCGAAACAACCUCAACCCCAUCAUCUUCGUCAUUUGCAACAACGGAUACACCAUCGAGCGCUACAUCCACGGCUGGGCCGAGAGCUACAACGACAUCCAGCCUUGGGAUAUCAAGGGCCUGCCGACCGUCUUCGGAGCCAAGGACAAGUACACUGGCUACAAGGUCACCACUCGCGACGAACUGAAGGAGCUCUUCGCCAACGAGAAGUUCAACUCCGCCCCGCACUUGCAGCUGGUUGAACUCCACAUGCCCCAGGACGAUGCACCUGCCGCACUGAAGAUCACCGCCGAGGCGGCUGCCACAAGAAACAAAUAAUGACGAUAACGACGAAUCGCCGACCGAAUAACUCGCAUCCCU